GUCGACGUCUAUCUCACAUACAAAAUGGCGUUACCAGCACCAGUAGGCGACGAGGCGAAGAUGCUGAGCGAGGCGGUCGGUGUCGUCAAAGUUCAAACGCAGCAGAUGAGGAGGUUUCUGGAAACCGACCAGCUCAUGGAUGCUUUAAAAUCCGCGAGCACGAUGCUGGCUGAGUUGCGCACAUCUUCUCUUUCUCCGAAACAAUAUUACGAGCUUUACAUGGCUGUUUUCGACGCGUUAAGGCACCUCUCGACAUAUCUCUACGAGGCACAUACGCAAGGGAGAUCCCACCUCGCGGACCUGUAUGAACUUGUGCAGUAUGCAGGGAAUAUUGUGCCACGGCUGUACCUCAUGAUCACCGUUGGCUCUGUAUACAUGUCUAUUCCGGAUGCACCAGUGAAGGAAAUUAUGAAGGACAUGAUGGAAAUGUCCAGAGGUGUACAACAUCCAACAAGAGGUCUUUUCCUGCGCCACUAUCUGAGUGGACAAACGAGAGACCACCUACCUGUAGGCAACGACAAUGGGCCUGUUGGAAAUCUACAAGACUCCAUUGCCUUUGUUUUAACUAAUUUCAUCGAAAUGAACAAAUUAUGGGUACGCUUGCAGCACCAGGGCCACUCUCGGGACCGUGAAAAACGCGAAAUGGAGCGACGGGAGCUGCGGAUACUUGUUGGAACGAACCUUGUCCGUCUCAGCUCUCUUGACGGUGUCGACCUUGAUAUGUAUCAGCGAAUCAUACUUCCGCAUAUCCUUGAACAAAUCGUCAACUGCAGAGACGUCAUUGCGCAGGAGUACCUCAUGGAGGUUGUCAUCCAGGUGUUUACCGAUGAAUUUCACUUAUACUCGCUUGGCCCCUUCCUGUCUGCAACUGCUCAGCUCCAGCCAUCGGUGAACAUCAAACAGAUUGUCAUUGCACUCAUUGAUCGGCUCGCUGCAUACGCUGCGCGCGAAGCUGAGAACGAGAAUCCAGAGGAGACGAAGCAUCAGGAGGAAGCAGCCGCGCGACGACUUGCAGAGAAAGUUAAGGAACAGAAAGCUAAAGCACGUAUAAAUGGUGCAAGUAUGGCCUCUCCACCGUCCGCAACGUCUGAUGAUGCAGGAUGGGGUGCAACUAGCCCGACUGCUGAUGCGGAGAAGUCAUUUGAAGAUAUGACUCUGAAUAAUGGGGAGGCAGCAGAAGUCAACGGAGUGAAGUCUCCAACUGACGAGAAGGGAAAGGAGAAGGCAGAGCCUGAGGUUCCAAUGAAGAAGUUUAGGGGCAUCCCGGAGAACGUUAAACUAUUUGAGGUCUUCUGGCAUCAAAUUGUUGAGCUCAUCAAAGCAAGACCGGAUUUAUCGAUACAAGAUAUCACAGCAUUGCUUGUAUCUCUCAUGAACCUCUCUGUCAGCUGCUAUCCAGAUCGUCUAGAAUAUGUCGACCAAAUCCUGGGCUUCGCCAGCGAAAAAAUCAAAGAAUUUUCGGACAGCCCCGACCUACAUGCUAUGCAAACGACCAACAAUCUCGCCUCACUCCUCAUUGCUCCAAUCAACUCCUACCAAUCUGUGCUCACUCUUCUAGCUCUCCCUCGUUAUGCAAAUCUCCUCGUUCUGCAACCGUUCUCGACUCGGAGGUCACUUUCACAUGCUAUCGUUGCGUCCGUACUGAAGAACGAGACGAUCAUCGAGACCCCAGAAGAUGUUCGCGGUGUAUUAGACCUUUGUCAAGUACUCAUACGCGAUCAACUGGAUACUGUACCCGGGAAACAGGCAGCUCAACCUGUGAGGCGACCUCCAUAUGUUGCUGAUCGGGAAGAGAUGGCCGAGGAGCAAGGUUGGGUGGCAAGGAUGAUUCAUCUAUUCCGAACAGACUCUCUGGAUGUACAAUUCGAGCUCUUCCAAGAAGCUCGAAGACAUUUCGAGGGUGGAGGAGAGAGGAUACGAUAUACGUAUCCGGCCCUAAUUACAAAUGCUAUUAAACUAUGUCGAAGGUACAAAGCGCGGGAACAAGAGGACGAAGACUGGCAAUCGAAGGUCUCAACCAUUAUCAAGUUCGUACGACAAUUAACCUCGAUUCUUUUCACACAAAUCGAAGCACCUGCUAUUGCUCUGCGACUUUUCCUCCUUGCCGCUCAAGUCUCCGACGAAUGUGGGUUCGAGGACCUUACGUACGACUUGUACGUUCAGGCAUUUACAGUGUACGAAGAAAGCAUCUCGGACAGUCGUGCACAACUAGAGGCCGUCACAUUAAUUAUCGGCACGUUACAGAACGCCAAGGUGUUCAGCGUGGAUAAUUAUGAUACCCUAAUCACGAAAGCGGCGUUGCACGGUGCGAAAUUGCUCAAGAAGCCGCAUCAGGCAACAGCGAUCCACCUUGCGAGCCAUAUGUUCUGGCAGGAGGCACCAAACGGUGAAGUACCUGAGAGCCGACCUGAAGCAGGAUCUGAUGCUGAGGGGACUGAUGGACCUAGAGCUUACCCGCACCAGGACAGCAAACGUGUCCUCGAAUGCUUGCAAAAGUCAUUGCGCAUCGCGAACUCCGCAACGGAGGAAAUCGUAACCGUCCAGCUGUACUGCGAUGCGCUGGACCAAUAUCUUUACUAUCUCGACCAUAAGGCCCCAGCUGUAACGCCGAAGUUCGUCAACAGCUUAGUAGACCUAAUCACAUCAAGUAUCGACAACGUCUCGUCGCCAGACGUGCACCCAUCGCAACGAGCACCUCCAGCUCUCAUCGAAGGCGUACAAACACCCGAAAUGAUCGUACGACACUUCCGUAACACCCUUGUAUACGUUCAGACUCGCAAGAACGCUGCGGACGUAGACCCACGAUGGGAUGAAGUCGACGUCGUUGGUGCUGUGCUUAAAAUGGGUUUAGGACAGGAUGCAGUCGGUCGAUAAUUGAUUCUAUAUGAGUUGUGCAGAUGAGCGGGUGUAGAAUUCGGCUAUAUGGCAUUGUUUAUGCGAGUGGUGGUGUUCGUUCUUCUGUUUGUUUAGUUCGGUCAUUAAUUGUUGUUUCUCGACAUGUGUAGACAUUGAGCGUGUCUGCUGUUGUGCUUAAUUUUAUUCGCGAAUUCA